AAUUUAGCAGAUGGUUGAAAUUACAAGUUGCGAGUGUUUAGACGGUUUGAUUUUGUAAUUGAAGCGGCACAUUUCAUUGUAUAGCUGCGAAUCAAAUUCAUCAAUCAAUUAAUCAAUCAAAAGCUGGCGUAGUAGGCUUGGCUCAGUGAGUGAGCAGCAGCAGCAGCAGUUUGCAAGCAAAUACACACGUAAUAAAUAAACACUACACAUAUCACAUGCAUAUGCAUAUGUAGCGCUGUAUGUGUUUUGUGUGCGUACAUGUGUGUGUGUAUGCAUACUUGUUGUUUGUGUGUGGUGUGAGUCAUGACGUUUCGGUAAACGGGACGGCGUAGAAAAAAAACAUAUAUUGCGUGUGUGCGGCGGUGUGUUGUACUGAAACGAACGCGUGACUCGCCAAAAAAAAAAUACACAGCAAUUCGAUAAAUAAAUUCGCAAAGAAUCGCAGAACGCAGAAAUUAUCUCGGCAAGUACAAAGGAUCUGUGUGUGUGUGUUGUGUGUCGAGGCAGCUGCUGCGCCCCUAACAUACAUUCAUACAGGGGAACAAGCACGCACACAAGCGAAUAAGCGCAGUAACAGAGUAUUAACAGCGCUAGUGUGUGGGAGCACAACAGACAGUAGUGAGAAGCAGAAGCAAAGGAAGAGGAAGAGCAGUCACAAGCACAAGCGAGUACCGAGUGGGAGCAGCACAGCAACAGCAACAACAAUAACAGUGCCAGUGGGAGCAGCAGUAGAAACAACAACAACAACAGUUGUGAGAAGAGGAAGCAGAAGCAGAGAAGCAGCGCUGCCGCCGUCACAGUUGAAGUACGCUGCGCUGUUUAGUGAAGCAACAGUCUCGCUGUCUAUUUGAAACUUCUUCAACUGCGGCCGCAACUUUCGCUGCAGCCAAACAGCAGCAGCAACAACAACAACAACAACUGCGACAACGACAACAGUAAACAAAAUGGUCGAUCGUCUUGUCAACUCGGAACUAAACACACGACGCAUUGCGUCCGUGGAGAGCUGCUUUGGCAGUUCCGGCGUCCCCCUCGCCGUCCCCGGCCGCGUCCUCGUCGGCGAGGGCGUGCUCACGAAAAUGUGCCGCAAGCGGCCAAAGUCGCGACAGUUCUUCCUGUUCAAUGACAUCCUUGUGUACGGGAACAUUGUGAUCGGGAAGAAGAAGUACAACAAGCAGCACAUCAUGCCGCUCGAGGAGGUCUCCCUGGAGUCGAUUGACGACAAUCAGCAGUAUCACAAUGGCUGGUACAUUCGGACCACGACAAAGUCGUUUGUGGUGUACGCGGCGACGAGCACCGAGAAGCAGGAAUGGAUGGCGCACAUCAACAAGUGUGUGGAGGAUUUGCUGCGCAAGAGCGGCAAGAAGCCGGUGGAGAAUCAUGCCGCUGUCUGGGUACCGGAUGCGGAGGCCAGCAUUUGCAUGCACUGCAAGAAGACGCAGUUCACGUUCGUGCAGCGUCGCCACCAUUGUCGCAACUGUGGCGCCGUCGUCUGUGCCGGCUGCUCCGCCAAGAAGUUCCUCUUGCCCAAGCAGAGCACAAAGGCGCAACGUGUCUGCGACGCUUGCUACGAUCGCUUGCGGCACACGCCGCCACACGCAGCCACCUCGAGUGCUGGUGGUCUUGGUCUUGGCGGCAGCAGCGCUCACGAUCCGGAUGCCAGCGAUCGCAGCGGCUCCAAAUUGGCCAACGACAGCUCGAACGAUGAUGACACCGAUGAGGAGACCAAUUCACCGCCAGCCGAGGCCCACGACGAGCCACGUUUCUAUGGCGACAACAGCGUGUUGUCCGCCCAGGACGAGUCCAUUGCAUCCACAACAUCGACGGGGAUAGCUGCGAUGUCGACACCUCUAGCUGCCAAUCCGAAUCCGAAUGCGAAUACGAAUCCCAAUCCGAAUGCGACGCAGUCGCCGGUGGCCAACAACUGCUGAGCAAGGACCAUCAGAGGAAGACGAACAACGCAAGCAACAAGAGCUGGAACAAAAAAAGGAAUUACGCAAAUUAACGGAAUUUAAAGCGCGUCCAAACCCUUUUAAAUAACAUAAUCAAAUCUAAUAAUAAUAAUAAUAAUAUAAAAUACUUCACACACUCUCACAGUAAGGAAAAAAUAAGAACAACAACAACAACAUUGUACUGUCGUCCUUCCCAAAAUAUUUAAUUUAUCGAAAGUAGCUAAA